UUUUCCUCUCCAGUGUCAGGGGUCAAGCUGAGGUCUUUCUGCUUGCACACUGGGGAGGUGACCUGCAUUUGAAUUAAUUUCCAGCUCAAUCAAGAGGAAUUUAUCCCUGAUCUGCCCAUUCCUACUCAAACCCUAGUGAACGCAUCUUCUAGGAGAGAGACACAAACUCCCAUGUGUUUCAGUUCUUUCACCACAAUCGAAACAGCCAAGAUCAGAAUCACUUUUAAUAAUAAUGGGCCGAUAUCAAGAGAACCCAUGGAGACUCUACCAUCUGAAAAGGGGUUCUACUCCUACUAUAAAGUAACCAUAGAGGAUACACCCCAAAUACUCUGGUAUACACAGCAAUAGCCUGAAUAACAAAGUGAUUGAUACUCUUUCUAGACCUACUCAGGAAAUGUAUCUUUCAGGCCAAAGCAGUAUAGAUGUGUCAAAACCCACCAAACCUUUGUGACAUUAAGCUUUCUUUAUAUAAACAAUUGUUCUUUAUAGAACAAUUACUAUUAAAUUCAGCUUAACAUGUUGAUACCUAAACCCAGUGCCAAGAGAAGGCUCCUUCUCAGGAGUGAGAAAACUGGAAAGAUAUCACCAAUCAUCAAUAGAUGUGUAGACCUCAGCACUGAAACAGUAAAUAUUACCAUACAAAAUAUCAGAUUGGUGAAAUGGCUCAGCUGCUAAAGUACUUGCAACUAAGCCUAUUGACCUGAGUUCAGUCCCCAGGACCCAUCCCAUUGGUAGAAGGAGAGAAGCAACUCUCACUUUGCUCUCUCACUUUCACACAUGCUCUGUAGCAUGCAAGUACCCCCCCACAACUAAAUAAGUAAAUGUAAGAACAACUAAAAAUUAAAAAUUCACUCCCUGUAGUUAUGUGCCAACAGACUAAAAAGUAUUCACAUAGACGAACUGCUACAGUAAGGAAUAUAAAAAUGAUUUUAAGAGAUGAAUUCAUUCCAAGAAGAAACAAAAAAAAAAAAAAGCCCUGCUAUAGAGUAAGUUAAAAAUAUCAGUUCAGAAUAUGAAUCAGAAAUUGAAUAAGGACAGAGAUUCAGAAGAAAAACUCUUAAACCUUGGAAAUGAAAACAUCCCUUAGAUAAAAGAUUCAGUUGAGGGCCAGCAAGAUGGCUCAGUGUUAUAGGCGUUGCCACUAAGGCUGAUGACCUGAGUACAAUCCCUGGGGCCUCACAUUGGUGGAAGAGAACUGAGUCUGGAGUUUUCCUGUGACCUCUAUAUGCAUACAAUGGCAGGGACAUGUGUACAUACACAAUAAAUUAAUAAAAAUAUUUAAAUUUAGUCAAAGGCCUAACCAGUAGAAUCAGUCAAGUAGAACAUAGAAUAUCCAUGAUAGAAGACAUGUCAUAAAAACAUUCAGGCAGAAGUAAAGCAAAAAAUAAAUGAAUAUAACAUAUAAGAUCUGUGGGGCUCUAUUUAAAGCACCUCCCUCCCAAAAAAGGACUGGGAUAUAGCUCCAAGUAUCCUUGCCUAGCAUGUAGUGUGUUCUGAGUUCAGUCACCAGCUUUAGAAAUGAGGAAAGGAGGGGAAACAAAGAGAAGAGCUAACAUGCAAUUGGAAUUAGUAAGAUAGAAAAGCUGUUUCUGAAGACAUAAAAAUCACAUUUAGAACAUUAUAGCAGAAAUUCUCCCACAUUUUGAGAACUAGAUCUCCAGCUCCAGGCAACACUUGGAUACCUAAAUAGAAAUUAAUAGAAAAUUGCCUCUUUAGGGCAUAUUACAGUUAAAUUGUGGAAGUACAAUACAAGAUUAAAUUCCAUGGCAGGGUGGAUAGAGUGUGGUAGGAUACACCUAUAAUCCCAGAACAGGGGAGGAGGGGCCAGAAUAGUUGUAUUUGAGUAAGCCUGGACUCUAUAGCAAAUGAAGACUGGCCUGAGUUAUAUACUAAAAUGCUGUCUCAACCAAGGCCUAAGGAUGUACUGAGAUGUAUUGAUAGAGCACUUACCUGUCUUUUAUAAUGCUCUGGGUUCAGUCCCCAUCACUGCCAAAGAGAAAUGUCUCAAGUCUCAUCUACAGAACUGAUUAAGCUAAAAUUAAGUAACUCUCUUAACAGAAAUUCUUACAGCUGCUACAGAUGAGACAAAGUAUCUCAUAUCCUGCAUGGGGCAAGAACAUCAUGACAGUGGUAACUGAUAUCAGAGGAGGCUGCUCAGUUCCUGGAAGCUGGGAGGGAAAUAGAGGAAGUAAAGGGCUUGGGACAGGAUAUACACUUAAGCUCCAUGCUCCUGUGACCUACUUCAUGCCCCAGUAACCCAUUCAGUUAUUUCUGGGUUUUUGUUUGCUUGCUUGCUUGCUUCCUUGCUUUUCGGUUGUUUCUGUUUUGUUUUGUUUUUAAGACACUGUGGAGCCUGACUGGCCUGGAACUCAAAGAUUUGACUGCCUCUGUCUACCUCCUGAGUGGGUAGAUUAAAGAUGUGUAUUACCACACCCUGCAGGACUGAUGAAAAUUUAUAGGACUAUCUGACUUUUGAGGAUGUGGCUGUGAACUUUACCCUGGAGGAGUGGGAUUUGUUGGAUAUGUCCCAGAAGCAACUCUACACAGAUGUGAUGCAGGAAACCUUCAAGAACCUGGUUGCUAUAGGACAAACAGAGGAAGGCCAGAAGAUUGAAGAUGAUGAAGAUUCUAGGAGAAAUCUAAGAAGUGGAGUAGUGGAGAUAUUGUAUGAUCCUGAUGAAGAUAUUCAAUGUGAAGAAAUCUUCAGACAGUUUCCAGAUUCUGUUGUGAAUAAGAAAACUCCUCAUGGAGUAAAACUUUGUGGAAAUCGUUUGUCUGAUGACAUUCUUAUUGGUCUUCCACCCCUAAAUGUGCCUAUCCCUGUGGAAACAGUACCCAAACCAUAUGAAUAUGAGAUAUAUGAAGACAGUCUCUAUAAAUUUAGGGAAUGUGGGAAAGGCUUCAUUUAUCCCGAAUACUUUCUAAAGCAUGAAGCUACUUACACUAUAGAGAAACCCUACAAAUGUCAGCAAUGUGGAAAAGCCUUUUCUUCUUCAAGUAAGGUUCGAAGACAUGAACGAACUCACACUGGUGAGAAGCCCUAUAUCUGUAACCAUUGUGGGAAAGCCUUCCCUAGUCGUGGUUCCCUUCGACGCCACGAUAGGAUUCACAGUGGAGAGAAACCAUUUGUGUGUAAGUAUUGUGGGAAAGCUUUCACUGGUCAAAGCUCCCUUCCACGCCAUGAAAGGAUUCACAGUGGAGAAAAGCCCUACGUGUGUAAGUACUGUGGGAAAUGUUUCAUUUCUUCUAGUACCUGUCGGGUACAUGAACGAACUCAUACUGGAGAGAAAUUGUAUGUAUGUAACCUGUGUAAUAAAGCUGUCACUACUCGUACUUCCCUUCGAAAUCACGAAAGAAUUCACAGUGGUGAGAAACCUUAUGUCUGUGAGCAAUGUGGAAAAGGUUUCAUCUCUUCUGGUACCUUUCGAAUACAUGAGCGAAUUCACACUGGAGAGAAGCCCUAUAAAUGUAAGGAAUGUGGCAAAGCCUUCACUAUACAGAGUUCCCUUCAACGCCAUGAAAGGAUUCACACAAGAGAAAAACCCUAUGACUGUAAGCAGUGUGGGAAAGCCUUUAGUGGUUACAGUUCCCUUCGACGCCAUGAAAGGAUUCACAGUGGAGAGAAGCCCUAUGCAUGUAAGCUGUGUGGGAAAGCCUUUCCUGCUUUGGGUGAUUGCCAAAGACAUGAACAAAUUCACACUGGUGAGAAACCCUACAUAUGUAAGAAGUGUGGGAAAGCCUUCACUCGUUGUGGUUCCCUUAAGAUACACGAAAAGAAUCACACUAGAGAGAAUUGUUAAGCAUCGAAUGUGGAAAGGCUUCCUUGUUACAUGACAUUUCUCUUAAAAACAUGACUGUCAAGGGAAUAGAACUAGUAUCAAUAUAAAGUUUGUGAGUAUGCCUCUAGUUGUCUUGGUUAAAUUAACAAUCAUAAAAGAAUAAAUUAGGAAAAGAAUCCUUCUAAUGAAGAGAUGUGCACAAGUCUUCAGUUGGACCAUAUCUAAGAAUACACUCAUUAUAAAAACAUGUAAAUAUACAGAAACAUAACAAAGUUGUUGAUUGUAACAAAUAGUUUCAAAAAUCUGUGAAAAUUCCUCAGGUGGUAUAAUACAGUCAUUAUCCAUUUUGAAAAGCUCAAUGCAAAAGUAGACUAUUCCAGAAAUUACAUAACCUGAAGGAAAUGUUCUAAAAAUUAUAAAUAUAUUAUACUUCUUAGUUGUUUGUUAUUAAAAUAGAUCUCUGGACUGUUUUUUACUUUUAACUCUUGUAAAUAAAUGGUGGCAUGGCAUAAUUUUCUAACGUUUGUUUAAGCAAUGAGAUAUAAGUAAUAUCUUUUAAAUACAUUUUCUCUACAUUCAAAUUGGAGCAUGUUGUAUCCAUAUAUAAGUCGAAAUGUUUUCAAAUAUGCUAGAAGCCUUAAUUUUUAGGCACUUUAAAAAUAAUUGUGUUAAUAGGCUGUUGAAAAUGAGUUUUUGUUUAUUGAUGAGAUUUCUCUACUAGGUUCAUGUAGCAAAUAAGAUUGUAUCUUUUGUAUUUAUAGUACAUAUUUCAUUAAGAUACCUUUCACAUUGUGGUGACCCAAACCCCUAAAGAAAUAGCUUAAACGAAAGAAGUAAUUUGGGCUCAGUUUCAGAGGUCUUAAUCCAUGAUGAUAGGCAGGUAGGGCACAAUGGAGUAGAGCAAUUCACAUCAUGGUGAACACAAAAGAGUUUAGUCUGCUCUACAGUAAGAAAGAAGUUCAUGAUUAUUCCUGUGGAUAUAUGCUCUAGUGAUAUAUGUCCUUCAACCAAGCCCCACCUCCUACAUUUCACCAUCUCCCAACAGUAUCACCUUAUUAGGUUGGUGCAAAAUAAUUGUGGCAUUGUUGAAAUUUGCUGUUUGAUAUCAGAGUGCAUUCUUUACAUAUAUAUUUUUUUGUUAUUUUAUGUGUAUGAGUGUAUUGCGUGCAUGUAUGUGAGUGCACCCAUGCCGUGCAAUGCCGCAGAGAUCAGAAGAGGGCUUCAGAUUCCCCUGGAACUGGAGUUAAGGACGAUUUGUAGCCACCAUGUGGGUGCUGGGAAUCGAACCCGGGUUCUCUGCAAGAGCAGUCAGUGCUCUUAGCCUCUGAGCCAUCUUUCCAGCUCCCAGAGUGCAUUCUUAGUAGAUGUGGUUAUGUUUAUACAUUAUUUUAGUGUGCAUUUUUUUCUUUAUUACUUUUUUUGCUAAUAACUUAUUACUUGUUGCUUUUACUGUAGAAAUGAUGUUAGACAAAAAGCAAAUUUGAGUCUGAGGUGGCUAAUUUUGAUUGUCAACUUGACACACCUGAGAAGAGGAGAUCUCAGUUGAAGAAUAUCCUCCAUCAGGUAGGCCUGUGGGCAUGUCUGUGAGAGACUGUCUCGAUGCUAACUGAGGUAAGAGGGCCCAGCCCACUGUGAGUGAUACCAUCCAUUGGCAGGUAGGCCUGGGGUGUAUAAGAAACGUAGCUGAGUAAGACCCUGGGAGUGGCCAGUAAGCAACAUUUCUCUAAGUUUUCUGCUUCAAGCUCCUGAUUUCAGUCCCUAUCCUGGCUUCCCUCAAUCCUGAAUUGUCACCUGAAAGUGUAAGCUAAAUAAACUCUUUCCUCUACAUGAUGCUUUUGGCUAUGAUGUUUAUCAUAGCAAUAGAAAAGUAACCAGGACAGAGUGAUUUUCUUACUGGAGUUCAAAAUGUGUCAUAAUCCAACAGACACAAUUCAUACUGUCAGUUGGCCUUUGGCCUAGAAACUGCUAAUAAAUAUGCAGUGGUGGUUCAAGAACUUUGUAAAGAAAAUGAGAGCCUUGAAAUGAGGAGCAUAGAGGCUGGAUUUCAGAAGUUGACAGUGACCAUUUGAGAAACUAUUGAAGAUAAUCCAUUUGGAACCACAUGAGAAGUUUCCAGGAACCUCAACAUCAACUACUUAAUGCAUCUAAAGCAACUUAGAAAGGCAAAACAGCUCAGUAAGUGGGUGCCUCAUGAGCUGACUGAAAAAUUUUUAAGUUUUUGUUUUGGACUGUCAUCCUCUUAUUCUCCAUAACAACAGCAAACCAUUUCUUGAUCAGAUUGUGACAUGUAAUGAAAAUGAAUUUUGUGUGAUAACUGUCACUGAUCGCUCAGUGAUUGGGCUCAGAAGAAGCUCCAAAGCACUUAUACUGAAAGGAGGUCAUAGGUGCUGUCUCAGUGGUCUGCUGCUAGUAUGAUCCACUGCAGCUUUGUGAAUCCAGGUGAAACCAUUACAUCUAAGUAUGCUCAGCAAAUUGAUGAUAUGCUCCCAAAUUGUGACACCUGUAGCCAGCAUUAGUCAACAGAAAAAGGCCCAGUUUCCUCUUAACCAUACAUUCCACAACCAGUGUUUCAAAAUUUGAACAAAUUGGACUAUAAAAUUUUGCCUCAUCCGCCAUGUUUACCUGAACUCUUACCAAUUACCACUUCUUCACACAUGUUGGAAAUUAUGUUUACAAGAAAAACUCUUUCACAACCUGCAGGAUGCAGAAAAUGCUUUCCAAGAGUUCAUUGACUCCUGGAACAUGGAUUUUUAUGCUGGAAUACACUCACUUUUGUUGGCAAGAAGAUGUUGAUGAUAAUCGUUCCUAUUUUGAUUAUUAAAUAUGUGUUUGAGUGUAUUUAUUAUAUAAUGAUUUAAAAUCCACAGUCUGGACCCACAAUAACUUGUCUGACAAACUAAUAUUAGAGUUAUUCAUUAGGUCAGAUCCCUCUUAAUCUGAUCUUUUCUAGAAAUACAGACAUAAUCAAAAGUGUGUUUUACUGAAUUUGUAUGCUUUCUCUUUUCAAGAUUUAUUAUUAUUAUGUAUGAUAUGGUAUCCGUUUUUAUGCUCAUUAAUGUGGACUACUGUGCUGCACCUGAGUUUUACUGGUCAGAAUCAUCAAAAAGUACACUGCAUGUUGAUACCCCAGUUUGAGAUCACCUUUUGAAAACUGAUGACUUUUUUUUAAAGCAUGUGUAUUUGUGCCUUUGUGAGUUUAUGUUUAUGUAUAGUUUUUACAAUCUCAGUUUUCUCAUAAUACACAGCGGUGUUUGCAUUAUUUUUCUUGGCACUAUAUUCAUAGAAUCAGGUACUUGGAUUAUUUAUGCUUAACAUGAUGACACAUUAAGAAUAUUUGAAAAUGACUAAAGUGCUUAUUUAAGAAGUAACCAGACAUUGACAGCAAGUGAGGCUCAUCUCCGUUUCUUCCUAAGGUUCUACCCCAAAAAUCUACCUAAAUAUACUAUCCUUGUAUGUGCUUAAGAGGAAAUGUUAUAAUAACUAAGGGAAAAUGGAUUUAUAUAUUUUAUUUAUUUAUGCACCUUUUAACAGAGAAGGAUGAUCACUGACUCAUGAUGACUCUAGUUUUGACUUUUUCAUUUUCUGUAGUCAUGAAACAAAAAUACUGAUCAGAAAAUGUCAUCAAGGGUCUGGACACAUAGCUCACUGGCUUAAAAGCACUUGCUACUCUUUCAGAGGAACAAGGUUCAAUUCCCAGCACCCACACUAUGUGGCUUACAACUGCUUGAAGAUCCAGCUCCAGGGGAUUGAACUCAUUCUGACCUCUUCAAGCAUUGCAUUCACUCACCCACAUGUAUACACAAAAAUAAAAAUUUAAAACUUUAAAACCUCAAGAUUAUCUAUUUAGCAGAUGGAAAUAAUGCUUUUAAGGAAAGUAAAUGAAGGUAAAUGAAAAUGGAUAUAGGUUGUGUGUCUCUUCCCCAUGGAGAUUCAGAAAAUGGAUGGGUGAGGAUGUUCUUUGUCUAUAUGAUGCAGAGAAUUUCUGGAAAAUGAUAGCUGUACCUUUGAUUUCAGGUGCUUAAGUUUAGUAAGACUAUAGCAAGCAAAUGUACAAGAAUCAAUAGCAAGUAGCAUACAGAUAGAAUCUGCAGAUAAAUAGCAAAACAUUAUUAAAUGGAGCACUCAUCCAGGAAAGACUGAAAUAACAUAAUUAAUAGAACAAAAAAGGGGUCAGAAAGUUUGUAAGAGCCAGAGGUCCAGGAGGAAUCCUGAGAAACAGUGUCUUCUGGAAAUGACAGAGCUAUCGCUCUAAAGAAUUCACAGUAGCUAUGUUUGCCUGUAGAAAACCUGUACAAUCAGCAUUCCAGGAUGGGCUGGGGAGAGGAUCAUGAGGCUCUACCCAAAGCUAAUGAGCUAUUGACAGUAGAUGCCUGCUGGGGGAUGGAGAGCAAGUUUUCUUUAGGGCUGUAGUCCUUUGUAGGCUGCCCAUGUUCCACUGAAUGGCCCUACACCCAUGUACACAUAGGCAGUACUAAUUGGAUUCAUGGGUUAUUUUUAAAAAUGAGACAUGAAGCUGGGAGGGGUAUGGGGUGUAUUAAAGGAGUUGGUAGGGGGAAGUGGAGGCUAACAUGAUCUACAUCCAUUGUAUUCAUGAAUGAAAUUGUCAAGGAAUAAAUUAAAAUUUGAUUUAAAAAAUGAUUAUUGACUGGCAAGAUGGCUAAGUAGAUAACAAAGCUUGAUGCCAAGCCUGACAACCUGGAUUCAGUCUUCAGGACCUACAUGAUAGAAAGAGAGAACCAACUCCUUCAGGUUGUCCUUGACAUCCCAUUUGUGCAGUGGUAUGUGUAUGUCCCUUCAGUGUCACACAAAUAAUAAAUAAAUUCUAAUUUAUUAGAUAAAGUAACAGCAUUAAGUUGAUGCUUACAACAUCCAAUGAAAAAUGUUGUGCUCCUAUUUUAGUACUAUGGGCUAAACAGUACCCGAGUCUUAAGUUUUAAGAUCCCUGGGGAGCUGUAGAAAUGGCUCAGUAGUUAAGAACACUGAAUGCUCUUGGCAAAGACCUGGAUUCACUUCCUAGCCCCCACAUGAUGACUAACAACCAUACGUAGCUCCAGUUCCAGAGACUCCUAUGCUCUCUCUGGUCUCCACUGGCAUUGCAUGCACAAGGUGCACUUAUAUGCAUGUAGACACAACACACGCAGGUAUAUAAAAUUUUUUAAAAAGAAAUUCUAAAAAGAACAUCUAUAGGAAUAAUUUACCUUCUAGAUGUGCUCAAGGAUAUAAUUUUUCAAUACCCUUAACUAUGUGUUGUUUUUCUUUCUCCCUUUCACAAAGGUAGGGAGGGUAGUUAGGUCAGGAUCAACCUGCCGCAGGAGAAGGAGUUUGUGGAAACACUAAAAACAGAUGUGUUAAUGUCUGGGACAAGAAAGCACUCUUCUAUUCUAGAGUCUGCUUUCAACAAGCUUAAGCAGCACGUGACAAUCCACUAAUAUAACGUACAUUACAAUCUCCAUUGAUCACUCUUAUUUCCAUAUCCAGUAUCUCAAGCCUGUGCCAGCCAGCAGGUAUUUGUUUCUAGAUAUAGACAGUGCUGAUCAAUGCACACUGGUCCUAUCUGACCAUCAUGAAUAAAUGCAUAAUGUGUUACUUUUGAUAUGCUUAAUUUUUUUGAGGUUUCAUACCAUUUAUUGUAAAGCACAAAACAGGCAUUUUUAAAGUGAAAGUAUACAUUGAAAAAAUACAUUUCUGUUACAAAGCAUUGACCACAUAAUAGUUGCAAACGCAUUUGCUGGAAUGUGUACAUCUACACUAAACGCUAAAAAAAAACAAUUUUCUACACAGAAGUAUUAACUUCCUAUCAGUAGAGAUAGAUAUUUUGUACAUUUUCAAAACAAAAACAGGAAGAAAAAAACACUACUUUAAACCAAAACAAAAUUAAGAUCUUCAUCAAGUCAUCUGCAUCCAUACAUUUAACAAAGGUCCCCCCCACACACACACACACAAUGAAGCAAGUAUUUUCCACUUAUUAUUAUUGGCCCUGAGGUGAUGGAGGAUGCUGUGGCACUCCCUGGGGACUUGUCUGGGCAUAGACAGCUACUUGCUGUCUAAAGUAUUGAGGCCAGACUGCACUAUAAUCUGGCUGACCACCUACUGGGGCCCCAGUAGGAGCAGGAACUGCUUGACCCAUUUUCUUGUAGUACUCUUCCCAAGCCUUUAUAUAAUCAACCUGUUCAGCUGGACCUAGAUUCUGAUGAUCUCCACAGUUACCUUGUGCACUGGUUUGAGUUGUAGUUGGUGCCCCCUUAGGAGCUGCAGGUGGGGCUGUGUUUGCGGUUGGUAAUAGUGAGCAUAAUAAGCAGCCCAAGCUGCUGAAUUUGGAUCUGUCCCUGCUUUAGCUGGAUCUGGAAGAGCCUGUUGUUGCCAAUGUGGAUAUGCGUUUCUCCACCCCUGGGGAGCAUAAGGGGCUGGAGGGCCAGGCUGGGCCAGGUGGUCCUGGAGCUGGUCUUCCCUUUUCAACAAUCUGGUCCAAUAACCUUUUUGCUGCUCUUUGUGGGAGGGAGGUCAGAUUGCUCACAGCCCAGGUUAGCUUUGAAUUUAGUAUUUGAAGAUGACCUUGAAUUCCUGCUCCUUUUUCCUUUUCUAUCCAAAUGCUGGGAUUACUGACUUGUGUCAACAUGCCCAAUUCUCACCAUAUUGGAAAGAUUCUGGUGUUCCAGAUAACAUACAAGACCUUUCUGGAAGGCCACCAUUAUCAGGAUCUAUCUGUAUUUUGAACCCAGAUUCCUGCUGUAUGCAUCAGAUCUGUUCACCUCCUCUGCCAAUUAUAAAUCCAACCAUUCCAUCUGGAACUUUGUACUCUUCUGUGAUCAUAGACCUACUUAGCUGCUGAUGCAUCAGUGGUAGCUGUGUUACAAGAGAGUCAUUUUGAGGAGCAACUUUCUUAGCAUCGGGCUGAUCUCCAUCUUCUAAAUAUCUCUUUUGUCCUCCAUAACCAUAGUCAUUUGAAUUCAGUGAUGUACCAGCAUCACCCCCAAUUUUUGCUGCAAUCUGCUGCCCUCCCUACAGCACGUCCCUGAAAGCAUUGUUCAUGCCACCACCGCUGAUGUGCUUAAUUUUUUACUGUAUGUGUUAUAUGAGGUCAGAUAUGGAUAUGAUACUCUGGAACCUAUGAUUUCUCAUUACUUUGGACCAUAGGGGUCCUGAAGUAGAAGAGCAGCAACGUAGAGGAGAAAGCAUGAAUAAAAAUGAAUCAUCAUUGUGGAUGGUAGUCAGCAAUAUGGAAAAGAAAUUCACCAAGGAGUGUGGGGAAAGACUGUGGGCUGGUUCCACAUCUUCACUAUUGUGAAUACUACAGCAAUUAUCUCUAUGGUGUGCUAAGAAACUUUUGUGAGUGCUGUGAUUACAGAGCAAUACCAUCCCUGACUUUAUAUGAUUAUCUUAAUUGUAUAGUUUUAGGCAUAUUUGUACUGAUUUACAUAGUGGGUUCACUCAUUUGCAUUCACACCAACAGUGUCUAAAUGUUCCAUUCUCUCCAACAUCUGACCUUUGUUUUUUUUUAAAUAAAUUAUUUACUGAGAAUUUCA